AUGAAGCUCGUCCGGUUUUUGAUGAAAUGCGCCAAUGAAACGGUGACAAUCGAGUUGAAGAAUGGAACAAUCCUCCACGGCACCAUAGUCGCAGUCAGCCCACAGAUGAACACGGCCCUGCGCUCCGUGAAAAUGACACCUAAAGGCCGCGAGACUAUCUCCCUUGAUACUAUCAAUAUCCGAGGCUCCACGAUCCGAUACUAUAUCCUCCCCGACAGUCUGCCGCUGGAUACGCUGCUCGUGGACGAUCAGCCGAAGCCGAAGAAUAAGGCGCGAAAGGAGGCUGAUAGGGGCCGGGGUCGUGGAAUGGCGAGGGGAGGAAGAGGGAGGGGGAGGGGACGAGGACGAGGAAGGGGGUUCUAA